CUGCUGCUCGCCAGGCCUCUCGGGAAACGCUGCUUUGCGUGGCUAAGUUCCUGAAGAGGAGGGAUCUCGAACAGCUGCUGAAGAAGCAGCAGCCACUGAAGAUCGAUGAGGGCCUGGUAAGGACGGCUGGGAAUGCCCAGGCUCAGCCUGGAGAAGGCCCUGAGCGCGGUGCUCAGCGUGCGGGGCUGGCAGCUGUGCCGCUGCCCGCUGCUGCACGCAGAGGCCGCGCGGGCUCUUCUCCAGGCUCCUGCGGGCCCGAGCCGGGUGCCCACGGAGCCCCGGCCCGGCGGCGCUGCGGGGCGGCCCCGCGGCUCCCCGGGCAGCAGCCGGCGCUCUGCCCCCUCCGGAGCCCGGCGCCAGCGGCUGCUGGCCGCGCCUCAGGGCUGCGCGGGCAGGGGAGGCCGGGGCUGCGCGCAGCGAGCGCCCGGCCCGGGGGCUGAGCCCGCGCCAAGCCUCCCCUGCUGCCGCUCUCUGCAGCUGGCAGAGGACAGGAGCCGAGCGGCCGAGCACCUGCGCCGGGCCCUGCGCUACCUGCAGAGCCCACGGGAGCCCCUGCGAGAGGCGACCAUCAGGAUCAUCGAGAUGGCCGGGCGGCACCUGAAGGGACAGCAGCAGCAGCAGCCGCAGCUCCAGCUGAUCUGGAAUGCCCUUCAAGCCCGGAGGCAAGAUGCCAGCCCAUCAUGCUCCAACCUGGAAAAGCAAGCCGCGUUUCCCCCAGGAGCUAAAGAAUUAGGGACAUCUUCUGGAUCCAGUGAACCAGUGUCCCAAGAACACAGCAGGAGACACUGAAGAGGACCCCAUCUCCCAGCGCUGCUGGUGCUCCCGGCACAGCUGACGCUGGGCACAAUUCUCAUGGCUUCAGCCCUCUCCCUGCCUGUCCUGUAGAUAGCUCCCUCCCUCCAGCCCUCAUACACUGCCCAUCCCCUUUUUUCCUCUUCACCAUUCCUCCCUUUUGAUAGA